AUGGAGCUGGCGGCCGGGAACCUCAGCGAGGGGAACGGGAGCGGCCCCGAGUCUCCCGCUGCGGAGCAGAAGCCGCUGUUUGGCAUCGGCGUCGAGAACUUCAUCACGCUGGUGGUGUUCGGCCUGAUCUUCGCGCUGGGCGUGCUGGGCAACAGCCUGGUGAUCGCCGUGCUGGCGCGCAGCAAGCCGGGCAAGCCGCGCGGCACCACCAACCUGUUCAUCCUGAACCUGAGCGUCGCCGACCUGGCCUACCUGCUCUUCUGCGUCCCCUUCCAGGCCACGGUGUACGCGCUGCCCACCUGGGUGCUGGGCGCCUUCAUCUGCAAGUUCGUCCACUUCUUCUUCACCGUGUCCAUGCUGGUCAGCAUCUUCACCCUGGCCGCGAUGUCGGUGGACCGCUACGUGGCCAUAGUGCACUCACGGCGCGCCUCUUCCCUAAGGGUGUCCCGCAACGCGCUGCUAGGCGUGGGUUGCAUCUGGGCACUGUCCAUCGCCAUGGCCUCGCCCGUGGCCUACCACCAGCGCCUCUUUCGCCCCGACGCCAGCAACCAGACCUUCUGCUGGGAGCAGUGGCCCAACCACCGGCACAAGAAGGCCUAUGUGGUGUGCACCUUCGUCUUCGGCUACCUGCUGCCGCUGCUGCUCAUCUGCUUCUGCUAUGCCAAGGUCCUCAAUCAUUUGCAUAAAAAGUUGAAGAACAUGUCAAAGAAGUCAGAAGCCUCCAAGAAAAAGACCGCACAGACGAUCCUGGUGGUGGUCGUGGUCUUCGGGGUGUCCUGGCUGCCGCACCACGUGGUCCACCUCUGGGCCGAGUUCGGCUCCUUCCCGCUGACGCCCGCAUCCUUCCUGCUCAGGAUCGCCGCGCACUGCCUGGCCUACAGCAAUUCCUCUGUGAACCCCAUCAUAUACGCGUUUCUCUCGGAAAAUUUCAGGAAGGCCUACAAGCAAGUGUUCAAGUGUCACAUUCGCCAAGAACUGUCUCUCAAUGAUAACAGGGAGAAUAAGAGCCGCGUUGAUACGCCGCCGUCCACCAACUGUACGCACGUGUGA